GAAGAACUGGAGGCAGUAACCGAGGACACAGCAGGGGCUUCACCCCAUUUUAAUGUUCUCCCAACCGAAUUGUUAUGCCGAAUCUUCAACUAUCUCGAACUUAAGGAGCGUGCUAUCGCAGAACGGGUCUGCUCUCGAUGGCACAACAUUCUCACGUCACGGGAUUGUCCUUUAGCCGAUGUCGUUGUGGUGAAUCUGUUCGAGCCGAACGUAUGGGUGGAUACAAUCGCGAAAAAUAGAUAUACAACUGUUAAAGGCACGUUCGUGGGUGACUUCGAUGCAUUGCGCAACGUUUUUCGCCACAUCUCAUUCGCGCACACUGCCAAAUUAUGGUUCUAUACAGAGGAAUUCGCCAAAAAUUGCAUCGAUGCAAUUGCGGAGGUGUUGGAUGUGAAAUGCGUCGACGUUUAUCCGUAUGCGAAAGUGCAUGUUCUACCAUAUCUCCAGCAACGUAUUCCUCAUUUGUCUGCUUUGAAUAUGCGACCACAUUCUCAUCAAUUCCAUGCUAGUGGACUUGAGCUGCCAUCAUUUCCAGAAUUUCCCAGGCUGACUACCCUUAUACUAGACAACUAUGGUGUGGAUGGUGAUUACGAAUUUCCAAAAACGGUGACAUCACUGGAUUUUUCCAAGCGGGAGCAAACUCAUUAUCGAGCUCUACUGCCGAAGCUUGUUCACCUGGUUAACUUGGAGUACUUCACACUUUCUCAUGCUGACAUGUCAAGACCGGAAGAUUUCAACGCAUUCGUUCGAGUCUUAUCACGAAGCAAUCUGCCGAAACUCUCCAUUCUCAAUUUACGGAUGUGCAAAAUUUGUUCACUGAACCUGCAAGGAGACGAGAUCGAAAUGAAUUUGAAGAUGAUCAAGUUUGAUCUCUGCUAUGGAAAUAUUUUGGCAGCCAUCAAGGAAUUCAUAAGCUUCAAUCAAUCCCCAUUCAUUGACUUGAAACCGCCGACCUCACUAUUCUACGUGCUGACUAAAUUUGAGGCGUCCUUCGUUGAGGAUGUUGUUUUGUUCCGAUCGUUACUCAUGUCGGGAACCUUCAAAGUGUUGCGUGAAAGCAAAUUUGUUGAAUGUGACGCAUUGACAAGUGAAGUGCUUCAGCAUUUGUCCGAGUCAGCACCUGUUCUUCGAAAACUUGGAGUCCUUUCUUGUGCGAAGCCAAAGGACGCCGAUUUGCUCAUAUUCAUUUCAAGCAUGGCAGCAAGGACAACACCUCACCUACAGAUUACUUGGAGGAGGGACCGUCGAAUAGGAAGUCUAGCCGCUUGUUACCUUUCACUUGUGCAUGAGCAUAGAGAAGCUAUCAAAGGCAAGAAGGCACGAUUCUUGUCGAAGACAUUCUCAGCAACCGAAGAAGGAGAAGAAAUUAUUAUAUGGGAGCGCGAUAGUGCGAAGACUGUGCAAAUUCGAGAUUAUAACGACCAUCAGAAAUACCGUACACUUGGCUUCAUCGUUGGAGCGCAACCUGUCCAAAGUACCGAGGAUAUGCUAUCGAAUGACACUGGCUAA